CUACUCACCAGCCAGCUCCAUCUGCAGGCAGCCAUCCACUCACCGUCCUGCAGCCGCACGGAGUCCCAGACUUCUCCCUCCGAGCUCCCGGCGUCUUGCAUCCCUCGUCUUGCGAGGAUCUCCGAGGCGUCCCCCGGAGGCUUUUUUUUUUUUUUUUGUUUGAGAGGGGGGGAAUUACAUUUUCUUCAAUUCUCCAACAGACCUUUUAAGACAUAAUGGAGAAAAUGGCCAGACCUAUUCCUAUAAACGCAACUUUCGUGCCGCCGACUCACGGCGUGCUGAAGUCCCUGCUGGAAAACCCGCUCAAGCUGCCUUUCCAUCACGAUGAAGGAUUUGGUAAAGACCAGGAGAAAGAGAAGAAGCUGGAGGAUGAGAGCAGCACGGCCAGCCACCCGCAGUCGGCCUUCCUCGGCCCGACCCUCUGGGACAAAACCCUGCCCUACGACGGGGACAACUUCCAGCUGGAGUACAUGGACCUGGAGGAGUUCCUGUCGGAGAACGGCAUCCCCGCCAACACGGCCCAGGGCGAGCAGAGCCCGCAGGCCACGCCGCCCGCCCCGCCCGCCACGCCCACGCCCACCGUGGUGGACCUCAGCAGCUGUGCCACCACCUCCGUGCACAAGGGCAUGGCGCCUCAGACCUGCCUACGCAGCCCCGGCACAGCAGCACUGCCCUCGGCCCGCGACACCCCCAGCCCCAUCGACCCAGAGUCCAUCCAGGUUCCUCUGGCCUACGAGCCCGACCCCCAGGACCUGGCUCUGUCCAGCGUUCCCGGACAGGAGAUGUUCGACCCGAGGAAACGCAAGUUCUCCGCCGAGGAGCUGAAGCCGCAGCCCAUGAUCAAGAAAGCUCGCAAGGUCUUCAUCCCCGAAGACCUCAAGGACGACCGGUACUGGGCCCGGCGCAGAAAGAACAACGUGGCGGCCAAGAGGUCGCGGGACGCCCGGCGGCUGAAGGAGAACCAGAUCGCCAUCCGGGCCAGCUUCCUGGAGAAGGAGAACGGCGCCCUCCGCAUGGAGGUGGCGGAGAUACGGAAGGAGCUCGGCCGCUGCAAGAACAUUGUGGCUAAAUACGAGGCCCGACACGGGCCCCUGUGAGAGCCCCCCACCCCCCC